UUCCAAAACUUGAAACCCAAAACCCUUGAUGGGUUGCUUAAGUCUGCUCCGGCCAAGCCGUCACGUACAGACACUCUCUGGCGGUAGCUUCCGUUGGUCUCCUUUUCUAUCUUCUUCUUCUUCUACUCACUUUGCUUGCCUUCUUUAGUCCAUUCACCGGACUUGUAGCUCCUUCAGAUCGCACACUAUAAACCUCACUUCAGUUCAUCUCUAGCACUGGUUACCACAGGCACGAUUUCUAUCUAAACCGAACGAAAUGCCUCCCUCAUUGGAUGGAUUGUUCGGUGGGUAGUGAAAUGCUUGUUGCUAGACGACUUCGUUUAUCAUCAGGGAGAGCUACUGCCACUUCACUGCUGAUCCCCAAACGAGGUGUUUCUCGUCUCUUAUGGGUGUCCAGCUUUAAUCGGCGUGGGAGGUCUUCUGCUGCUCAUGCUCCUUCUGAAGUUCCAAAAGCUCAGGAAGUAAGAAAGCGGAUUUCCAAAGAUGAGAGAAAAGCUUUGAUGGAAUCAUAUAUUUGCAAAUACAGAUCAAUGAAUGGUGGAAAAUUUCCCUCUGUUUCUGCUGCUAAGCUUGAGGUUGGAGGCUCCUAUUAUGUAGUUAGACAACUUCUUCAAGAGAUUGAAUACGGAUAUAAAACAUCCUCCUCGGACAUGAAGAAUGAAAAACUCGUCGAACAGAAAAAACCUUCCAUCAUUCCCAAAGCGAACGGCAGUGAAUUGACCAAGGAAUGUAAAAUCAAGGAUCAAUCUAAGAAAAUAGUUAAUGAUGAUGUACUUGGCGAUUCUACUGUCCAAAAUGUUGAAUAUAAGGCAACACCAAAUCCUACCUCUUCAUUUAGUGGUGUUUUGCCCAAGAAAACUCUAGACACUAAACCCGAAGUAAGAAUUGAAUCAGUUCUACUCAUAUGUUUUUUUGGUGGACUUUGUGUCGAAAAGUCACAGGUCUUAAGUUUUUAG